GGAUUUUCUGUAGUAAAAUUUGCCGCGUUAGCGCCAUACGCUCUCUGUUACGUCUUCACUCUAUAAUCAAGCGACCAAGAAAGGGUUUUGCAUUUGGCUUAUUGAUAUACAGAGAAGGACGAAGAGAGAUAUGGGGAAUACCUUCUGCUUAUUCUGUGGAUGCGUUCAGCAGUCAAACAUAGCAGUCGUGGAAAGAUGGGGUCGUUUCUACAAGUUGGCCGAGCCUGGUUUCCACUUCUUCAAUCCAUUAGCCGGCGAAUGCCUCGCUGGCCUCCUCUCCACUAGGGUCUCAUCGCUGGACGUCCGCGUCGAGACCAAAACCAAGGAUAACGUCUUUGUGCAGUUGCUUUGCUCUAUUCAGUACAGGGUUGUCAAAGAAAAUGCUGAUGAUGCAUUCUAUGAGUUGCAAAACCCCAAGGAACAGAUCCAGGCAUAUGUUUUUGAUGUGGUUCGUGCUAUUGUUCCAAGAAUGAAUUUGGAUGAACUCUUUGAACAAAAAGGUGAAGUUGCCAAAGCUGUGUUGGAGGAACUUGAAAAGGUGAUGGGAGCAUACGGGUAUAACAUAGAACACAUACUGAUGGUUGAUAUUAUUCCUGAUACCUCUGUACGCAUUGCAAUGAAUGAGAUCAAUGCAGCUCAAAGAAUGCAGCUUGCUAGUGUUUACAGAGGAGAAGCUGAAAAGGUGCUUAUGGUUAAAAAGGCAGAAGCCGAAGCUGAAGCUAAGUUCUUGGGUGGAGUUGGCGUGGCCAGGCAGAGGCAAGCUAUCACAGAUGGGUUGAGAGAGAACAUCUUGAAUUUCUCUCACAAGGUGGAAGGCACAUCUGCUAAGGAGGUUAUGGAUCUCAUCAUGAUUACUCAGUACUUUGACACAAUUAAAGACCUGGGAAACUCAUCAAAGAAUACCACAGUUUUUAUUCCCCAUGGACCAGGCCAUGUCAGGGAUAUUGGUGAGCAGAUACGCAAUGGGCUGAUGGAAGCUGCCAGUGCUCAAGUAAAUAUUGAAUGAUUUUGGUCAUGUAAAAAUUACUUCUCUUUCAAGAUUACCCUUUUCUGUUUAUGGCAUGAUAUGUUUAUACUGUUGGAUUUGCUGGACAAGUUUUGAAUAAUAGGACGUUUUAGGAUGGUAAGCAGACUGCAGUGCCAGCAUACAGUUAUUUCGUCUUGCAAAUAAACAAGUCGAAAGAUGAUAUCAAAAUUUGUUUUACAUGUGAUGUAGAAUGUGUAAAUGUUGGGUGAUAUUAUAUACGAAUAAGCUUGAGUUUUUUGUGCUA